CCCGCGCCCGCCAUGGCCCGCCUGACGGAGAGCGAGGCGCGCCGGCAGCAGCAGCAGCUCCUGCAGCCGCGGCCCUCGCCCGUGGGCAGCAGCGGGCCCGAGCCCCCCGGGGGGCAGCCCGACGGCAUGAAGGACCUGGACGCCAUCAAGCUCUUCGUGGGCCAGAUCCCGCGCAACCUGGACGAGAAGGACCUGAAGCCGCUCUUCGAGCAGUUCGGCCGCAUCUACGAGCUCACGGUGCUCAAAGACCCGUACACGGGCUUGCACAAAGGCUGUGCCUUUCUCACCUACUGUGCCAGGGACUCCGCCAUCAAAGCUCAGACUGCCCUGCACGAGCAGAAGACCUUGCCCGGGCAAAGGGAGGGUGGUCCUCUGAGCCGACCGAGCCCAGUCCCCGGGCGGCGCGUCCUGAUGGACGUCGAAGGGACCACAGUGAGGUCCGCGGCGUCCCGCGAGCACUGGGGCCCGCGGAGCACAGUGCACUCGUCGAUGACCCCAAAGGGCUGGAACAGCCGCAGCACGUCCUCUUCCGACUGCUGCUUGUUCAGCAUCCCCACAAACAACUUCCGGUCCCCUGCGGGCGGAGACACCCCCUCAGCCGAGUCCCGGCCUCCGGGAAUUUCUCGGUCCCUCCAGCCGAAUGGAGGCGGCAGGGCCUGGGGAGGGGGGGCACGGCUGGCCCUGCUCCGCCCGCGUGUGGGAGGACAGCGCCACGAGCACCCGGCCCCGGGCCCGUCCACCCUCCCCUCCCACGUGCGCGCUCGGCGCGUCUGCGGCCUUGGCUCACGCCGCGCGCCCCUCCCGGCCUGUCGUGCCUUCGAGCCCCGGGGCCACCGCUGCACGGCCCCACCCUCGGGCACAGACGGUCCUCCCUCCUUGCCUUCGGAGCGCCCCCACGCGGCACUGGCGCGCGAGCUGCCUGGCCUGGCCCGGGUCCCUAGAGGCCCUAGCCGGGGAGCAUGGAUGGCUGCCUGGGCCUCGGUGUGCGAGGAGAACUUCACAAAGGCGCAGCCUGCCCCGAGAGAAGGAGAGUGCGUGAGGGGCAGCGGGGUCUUUCCAGAGGGGCAGGGGCCACAGGAGAGGGGACCGGGAGCCCUGGACGGCCAGUCAGUGUCAGACACAGGCAGCCAGAAGGGGCGGGCCCACGGGUGGGAUUCACAGCUCCUGGCGUCUACACCGCUCACCCAGGGCCUGAGCUGGUGUGGUUCCAGGAACCCAGAGCCCUGGCUACCACCCUCCUUCUUCCCCUCCCGCUCGCUGCCACCCCUGCAGGGUGCCUCCUCCAGCCUGGUGGUCAAGUUUGCCGACACCGACAAGGAGCGGACGCUGCGGCGCAUGCAGCAGAUGGUGGGCCAGCUGGGCAUCCUGACGCCAUCCCUCACCCUGCCCUUCAGCCCCUACAGUGCCUACGCCCAGGCUCUCAUGCAGCAGCAGACAACCGUCCUGUCCACGUCAGGCAGCUACCUGAGCCCCGGCGUGGCCUUCUCGCCCUGCCACAUCCAGCAGAUCGGCGCCGUCAGUCUCAACGGGCUGCCUGCCGCACCUAUCGCCCCUGCCUCUGGACUGCACUCGCCCCCGCUGCUUGGCACCACCGCUGUGCCCGGGCUCGUGGCUCCCAUCACCAAUGGCUUCGCAGGGGUCGUGCCCUUUCCUGGGGGGCACCCCGCCCUAGAGACCGUGUAUGCUAACGGCCUUGUGCCCUACCCAGCUCAGAGCCCGACCGUGGCCGAGACCCUCCAUCCUGCCUUCUCCGGAGUCCAGCAGUACACAGCCAUGUACCCCACCGCGGCCAUCACGCCCAUCGCUCACAGCGUCCCCCAGCCGCCGCCCCUCCUGCAGCAGCAGCAGCGAGAAGGUCCCGAAGGCUGUAACCUGUUUAUCUACCACCUCCCCCAGGAGUUUGGAGACACGGAGCUGACCCAGAUGUUCCUGCCCUUCGGCAAUAUCAUCUCCUCCAAGGUGUUUAUGGAUCGGGCCACCAACCAGAGCAAAUGUUUUGGCUUCGUGAGCUUUGACAACCCGGCCAGCGCGCAGACUGCCAUCCAGGCCAUGAACGGCUUCCAGAUCGGCAUGAAGAGACUCAAAGUGCAGCUGAAGCGGCCCAAAGACCCGGGACACCCCUACUGACCGCGCCCACAGCCGCCCGGAGGCUGCGGGCCUGGCCCAGGUGAGGGGCCUUCCCACCCCAGGAGGGCCUCCCGAUUCCAACCGACCCCGGACUUUUCCGUAAAUUACAACCGAGUUUGUACACCAGCCCCCCCUCCCAUCUCCCCUUGCCCCCCGCCCGCCCCGUAAUGUGAAACACGACUACAGGCCGUGCGGAGCGGGGAGGGGCUCUGUGGUCCACCCCAGCGCUGGGGGGCUCCUGAGUUGGGGGCCGAGGGCUUCACCGCCCCCACCCUUGGUGGCUUCCCCAAACUAAAUCACAACUUUUCCUAUAUAUAUAUAUAUGCAUAUAUAUAUAGAGCUAUAGACAGUAUAUAUAUUUUUUGAGUAUAGAUCAUGGGACCAAACUUUUCCGACUUCCUUCCAUCCACGAGAAGGUGACCCUGGCCCGGUCACUCAGCAGGGACAUGAGGGCUGAGGAUGACCGGGCCGCCCAGUGUGUCCCCACCUCCCGCUGUCAUGUCAGACCAGGGCACGGAGAAGCACUGGGAGUCAUCAGUCAACGCGAUAUACCUCCAGGACAUUGGGCCCCUGCCGCCGUCGGGCCCUUGGGCUCGGCCAGCUCGUGUCCCUGGUCUUAGCUGCAGCUUCCGGAACCCCUACCCCCUCCCUCUCCCCAGAGCCCUGCCUUCCUGGAUGUAGGCACAGAAGAGACCCCCCCCCCCCGUCAUAGCCUUACUCAUGUGACCAAUAGCCCUUAGCUUUCCGUCAGGGGCAGACAGGGUCCGGGGAGCCCCCCCCCCGCCCCUUGCGCCCCCUCCCAAGGGCAGGCGGCCGCCCUCCCUGCCUUCGGAUCACCAGCCUGGAGUUCACGAUCUCAUGACCAAGAUCGCCUCGCGCGUUGGACGAACCCAACCCGUGCUGGUCCAGCACCCCUUUACCAGAGAUACCUCUACAAAUCAUUUUGUUUUUUGAAUUUUGGUCUUUCUGAGCAGAUACAAAGAAGAAAAGAGAAAAAAAAUGGGGAAAAAAAUCAGACAACAGUGGAUUUUUGUUUCCUAGUUGGGGCGGGGCGGGAGGGCUCGUGGGGCGCCUCUGUAUAGCUACUCAAACCGCGAAAGCCCACCUUGAAGCACAGAGUCAAGUUCGUUGGACGUCCAGUAGGGCCUCUCGCCAAACGAGGCACCAGAGAACUUCAUAAGCUCAAGAAAAAAAAAUUUGUAAAGAAAAACACAGCCUUCCCUUUUGUUUCUACCAAAAUGUGUUGACUGACCCAGAAGAAGAAAAAAAAGAAAAAAAAGAAAAAAAAAAACACAUAGCAAAAAAAAAAAAA